AUGAGGGUGAAAGUCUGCCAAACACGGACCCUCACGAAGAUUCUAGAAGAAAUCUCGACAAGUCUUAUCAUGUGGCUUUUCUACACCUUGAUUCCAUGUUUGCUCGUAGAUGGAGUUGCCCUUCUGCCUGCCCCUCAGAACCUCUCUAUACAGUCAACCAACAUGAAGCAUCUCUUAACAUGGAGCCCAGUGAUCAUGGCUGGAGAAACAAUCCACUAUUCUGUUGAGUACCAGGGAGAGUAUGAGAGCCUGUUCAUGAGCCACAUCUGGAUCCCCAGCAGCAGGUGCUCACCUACCACAGUUCCUGAAUGUGACGUCACCGAUGACAUCACUGCCACCGUGCCUUACAACCUCCGUGUCAGGGCCAUCCUAGGCUCACAGACUUCAGCCUGGAGCAUCCUGAAGCCACCCUUUAAUCGAAACUCAACCAUUCUAACCCCACCUGGAAUGGAGGUCACCAAGGAUGGCUUCCACCUGGUGGUUAAGCUGGAAGACCUGGGACCCCAGUUUGAGUUCCUCGUGGCCUACUGGAGGAGGGAGCCUGGUGCUAAGGAACAUGUCAAAACAGUGAGAAGCAGGGGCGUUCCAGUGCACCUGGAAACCAUGGAGCCAGCGGCUGUGUACUGUGUGAAGGCCCAGACGUUCGUGAAAGCCAUCGGGAGGCACAGCGCCUUCAGCCAGGCAGAAUGUGUCAAGGUGCAAGAAGAGACCCUCCCCCUGGUGCUGGCCCUGUUUGCCUUUGUUGGCUUCCUAAUUUCAGUCACUGGGAUACAACCAAUCUCAGGAUUCCGGUACUCCUGUUGCCCCGUGGUGGUGCUCCCCGACACUUUGAAAAUCACCAAUUCACCCCAGAAGUUAAUCAGCUGCAGAAGGGAAGAUGUGGAAGCCUGUGCCACGACCGUGCUGUCUUCUGAGGAACUCUUCAGGACCUGAUCGAGGAGGCGUGGGGAAGGCCCACAUGAAGCCGAGAAACCUGGUCUGCAUGACACAGGGGGAAAGGCUGUGCUUCUGUGUUUCUGUUUUCCUCCAAGGACAAGAGAAGUCAGAAGAGCCUACUGUGUCCAUUUCUAGAAGCAACUGUCAGAGGCAGAGUGGUUUGGCAGACAAAGCACUGAGUGGGGGCAGAUGUGCCUGCAGAACUGGAUCUAUCUGCCAUCCACUAGCUGAAUGACCGUGGGAAAGUGACUUGUUCUCUCUGGCUCUCAGUUUUCUCAUCUACAAAAUGGGUGGAUUAAGUAUACAACUGUUAUACCGUAUAUAUUCAGCACUGGCCGAGCUGUAGGGCAAUUGGUGACGCUGUACAUUGCAAUUGGUGCGGCUCUUCUGAAGAGCAGUAUGUAAAAGUAUAACAGGCAUGAUCAGAGACUCUAUACACCAAGUGGGUUUGGAGAUCCCACUUUCCUAGAGGAAACCUUGAAAAGGAAAGGAAGGAUGGGUACAGUGGUGUUGGUUUCACUUUAAGCCAAUGCCUGUGCAGAGGUGAAUGGCUCAGCCUGCCCUACAAUGAAACUGGGACGUGGACGAAUGCUGUGAGUACAUGAAAUACUGUAAACGGUAAAUAGUGUGUGCACAUUGAGGACAGCAGCUAAAAUGUAUGUGUAUGAUGAGACGACAACACAGAAGGAUGUCAAUAAGUGCGCUAUUUGCUAUGUUCCUUUUUCCUGUAGGGUUGUUAAAGUAUAGAACUAAAAGUAGAAAGGGGUCACCUUGGGUAAUCAUUUUGGUUUCUUCCAAAAAAGUGAUCUUUAGGGUUCUAGUUAUAUCAAGGACCUUGAGUCCAGAGAGGCCACUGAAGACAACCUUUGGUCAGGAGGUGUAGGGGCGACCUUAGGUCAGGGAUGGGGCAGGAGAAGAAUAAGGGGGCAUGAGAACUCCAACUGAGGCAGCUGGCCAAAGCCUCCCCUGGUCAGGGGGCUCCUGGGUCUUCCUGGAGGCCUCACGCUACAGGGAAUCCCUUUGGGGAUCUCUUUUCCUUAAGAGGCCUGCCUCUGGAAGCCUCUUCCUUUCCCUCUCCUUCACGAGGAGGGGAAAAGAGGGUCAGAGAACGAAUGGAGAGGGGAAGUUUUUUUUGGCAAAGUGAUUGAUGGGCAAGGCCUGUGCCUCUCCCUUCUUAGCCCCCACCCCUAACCGCUCUGGAGCUUCUGAGCUGAUUGUCUCCAUGCCCACUUCCUGGUCCUCUUCCAGCCAGCCCAGUGGGGGCCAUCUAACUGACUCAACCAGGUGUUUCCCCCUACAAGAUAGAGGCUUACAACCAUCUCUCCACCUGGUGGGGUUUCAAGUGAUCAAAGGAUGGGAUCUCUCAAGAUGAGAUACUUGAAGAUCUUUUCCUUUGUACUAUUUUGUAUGCUUUUGUGUUGUUUGACUCUUUCGUGAAGGGUAUUUGUUAAUUUUAUAUUUGGCUUACACUGAAAACAUUUUCAUUUUGCAAAAAUAAAAACUAUUCUACUUCA